ACGAGCCGCUGCUGUCAUAAGUAAUAAAUUCCGUUACCUGUCCCCUCCAUUUUUCCCCGUUAUACACUUGUAAGCACUAACGAUCCCCAUCAUGAUUUUCUUUACGAAGAAGCCUAAACCAUCCGCGCUUCCUCCCGGAUGGCCAUCGCCUUUCCACAACAAGUGUUCCCAACGAGACUGCCACCACGCUAAUAACCCGCAAACCGUCAAAGGUGUUUACCAAUGCCGUGGUGUUCCCGGAGGGUUCUACUGCGAGGGUACAUACAAGAUCGCAUCCACCCGAGCGCGCGAGACAGAGCACUAUUUGCAAGAAAUGGCCAUGGCUCGUAGAUCGGCUGAAGAAGAACAGAGAAAGCGCAAGAUAUCGGAAAUGAGGCGGCCUGAGCUUGGGGCGCGACGGGGAGGGACGAACAUGGCUGACAGGAGGAUACCAGAUGAGCGGGACUGCCGACCUGGGUAUGGACAAGCUCCUUGGAGCCCUACGAGAGGCACGGAAAACAGGAGACCUCAAGCUUAUGCACCAUAUUCGGGUCAUCGCCCUUCACAGUCCGAAAUAGAGUCGGAGUACAGGACUGACCAAAUCCUGAUGCAUCUCUAUCCCGAACGAGAGAUCCGACCAAGAUGGAUAUAAUCAACACACUUCACGAGUCUCAUGAGUCCUCGCAUUCUAUGUUAUUUUUGGGCCAUUUCAGAGCCAGAUUGAUGCUAAUAUGGUAUUCCCGACACGACCUUACAUACAUAUAUCCUAUCAGGACACUACACAUAUUUUAUAUUUUACACUUGCACCGUGUCACUUAUACUUCAUUGACCACGAAGGAAACUAAAUUCCAAUUCAAGAUGCACCAUGCUGGACCAGUGCUGCUGCCUUC